AUGCAAGGCCAUGUCCUGAUUUCAAUUGCACUGAGCAAAGCUCUCUAUGUGAGACCUAACUUGCGCGUUCCUCUCAUUUGCAGGGCCACAUCCUCAACUUGGGCCAUGGUGUGCUGGUUGGAACCCCUGAGGAUAAUGUUGGCCAUUUCUUCAAGGUGGCCAGACAAAUACGCUACAAUGCGCCUGUCUCUGUGUGACAUCGCCGGCAUGCCCUGUCCUGUGCAAAGACAUACAUGUCUACCUUUCUGUGUGAUGUGGCAACAUAAGCGUGCCCUCGAGUCCAACAUCCGCACGCUGUUGCCCAUGUCUGCGGCUUGGUGGCUGCUGCACAGCAGCGUUGCAAUGGAUGCUGAGCGGUGCAAAGCAGCGAAGCUGCAGGAAUGGCGUGGGGUUGCAGAGUGCCUGAGGGUGUGGCCCCACCAAUGUCCCAUCGCUCGUCGCCAUUUUGAGAAGACAACCCAAAGCGACAACCGAAGCAGGCUUUACUGA